AUGCCAUCAGAUCUCUUGUGUUGUGAGGUUGUGUCGGGUAACCUUCGGGGAAGGUUAGGCCGCCAGAUCUCUUUUGUGUGUGAGGUUGUGUUGGGUAACCUUCGGGGAAGGAUAUGCCAACAGAUCUGUUUUCUGUGUAAGAUUGUGAUGGGUGACCUUCGGGGAAGUACUGGGCAAGAGUGGACAGUGGAGUCUGGAUCGUCGAGCUCAGAACCAUCGAGCAAUUCGGAGCACUGGAUCGUAGUGACGGACUUGGAACAGCAGACACUAACAGAUCAUGAUAGCAGCAGUGAUUGGGACGAGGACGUAUAUCUUAUGCCGAGAGACAACGUGCAGCCCAGCACAACGGUGAAUGAGUAUGGCGAACACAUGACUUGGCCAGUACAUUACCCUGAGGAGGAGAGAGUAGUGUCAUCUACUCAGAUCAUAGAGAUCAGUUCAGGCGAGACUACACCAAACUCUUGGGAUAGAGAUAGUCCACCAAGUGUUCUACCGCAUAUACCAAUGCCGCAUGUAUUUGCACCAGGAGGUGGAGUAUAUCCGUACAUGCCAACGGAGGAGAAUCCAACGGACUACGUAUACCCGUUCAUUACCACGGGUGUAGAAAGCAAUGAUCCAGCCAUCGCAACUCAAGUCAAUAAUGAAGUCUUCAGAAACCAACCUGAAGAACCAGAUACGCCGGAACCAACAUGGGAGGAUUAUCUUGGACACCAGAACGUAUCACCCACGUACUGGACAAGGAAACUCAACGAGAUCGCUGGAUACACAUCAUCAAUGGAGCAUGGAGAAGGAAGCAUACCUCAAGAUCAAGGAGAAGCUAAUGCAAUGUGGUGUACAAUGUAUGGAGAACAAGAUGCACCGAACUCGGUGGCAGGCAUUGGAGCUCAACAUCAAAUACCGGAUCUUAACCAAACCACGGAGGAAGGUACCGGAGAGAAUGAAUGGCUACAAGAUGAUGAAGGUCUUAACCUAGCAAGAAGGUGGGAUGAGAUAAUCGCCACAGAAUUGGAGAAUCUCAGAACAGAGGGUAAUGGCCAAGAGCAAACUGUGUCACGCCAAAGGGGAAGGCCUCCCAGAAGACCGCGAGGAUGA